AUGGCUUCGAAUCUCAGAAGCACCGCUGAUCGAAGCCUGUCAGCCAGGCGAAGCCGAGUCCCCCUCCAGUCUGCACCGCGACCAGAGCCAUGGCCACCAUUGCCGUGCACGUUCCCUGGCUUCACUGUGCCAGAAACGUCCAAGACCCUGCAAGAAGUCCGGACAUCAACGCUCACAGCAGAAUUUAUGAGUCCCCCUUCUGGGGAGCCAGCAAAAUGCUUUGUCGAUACGAAGUUCCUUCUCAGAUCAGUUCCCGAGGAGAUAAGAGGACGGACAGUUGGUUGGAAGAGAGCGCCGGCUUGCUGGGACUCCACCAGCCCUACUGAGGAUUACCCACUCACGUCUCCUCCGGUCGCCCCGCCAGGUGUCUCAGGGACAGCACACGACGUGCCUAACGAUUCGGGCACUAAACAGAAACCGCGUGCAGGAAGGACAGGCAGCAACCGCUCGAAACUUGAAGCUUCCGACGGGCGAGAAAAUGACUCUGUCUACGUUUCCUUGCAGAGAAAAGGGGGAAUACCACGUUCUGUCGAAAGUUAUGCCGGAAACAACCUGCAGCAAGGCUUGGUUCGAAACGGGGAGAGACAGUAUUCAGACACAGCAAAGGGCGACUCCAGUACAUCUGGGCCGAUCCAUUCAGCAGCAGUUGAUAAAGCAGCUGCGGCUGGGAAAGCUGGAGGAGGAAUUUCGGAAGCGUCUAUGAAAUGUGCUAUCGAUGAUAGGUUACUGGCUCAUGUAGACCUGGAAGCUAUCUUGACAGGCACCGCCCGAGAUACCCAGAGUGUCGUUGUGGGGCUCGAUGCGUUUUUAUCUCGUAAUGUUAGUAACUUUACAUUGGAACCGAACGCUCCCCAUUGGGUCGCUGGACUUACAUCCGCGUUUCGCUUGAUCGCUGACAAUGCUGUCCUCCUUCCUAAGGGACAAUUCUUGUGGGAACUAAUCUAUCCUCAGUCUGAGUCUGGCUGGCCUCUCUACAAUCCACAAGGAUUAUACUAUGUCAAAUUGUUCUUGCAUUCCCAAUGGCGUUGGGUGGAGAUUGAUGACCGCAUUCCUUGUGAUGCCUCGAACAAGCCUCUCGCGCCUAUGUCUUGCCGAGACCCGCACAUACACGAGCUCUGGCCAUUAUUGCUUACCAAAGCAAUAUGGAAGGCAUUCCAGGGAGAAAUAGCUUACGGCGUCCCGGAUACCCCGAUUAUCGAGGCCCUCAGUGGAAGAAGACAGAUAAUGUAUCCGCUGACAAUCAGUACCGUCCGUCGCUUUUUGACAAAAGGCUUCUGGGCCAGCAUCAAGAUUCGGGCUACAGAGAUCCAGGGUAUCGGCGGCAGCGAUAGCACGGAAGAAUGCGCCGCAGACUCCACAGCCGGAGGCAUUUCCUUUCUACUAUGCGAUUUGGGCCCCGAUUCCACAGGAAGACCACAAGUCUGUUUGCGAAACACAGCUUUCGCUCUGAAGAGAUUUCAUCCCGAAGAACAGGGAGGUCGAAAUGGUCCAGUAAGGUCUGCCGCUGAUACCCAAGAUGCACCACCUGCAACAGCCCCAGAGCAAUCCUGCGCUGGCGGGUCCUCCCUAUCAUGGGUAGACGCAGACUGCGAAGAGGAAUAUGGUGGUGUGUUCUCCCUCGUGAGCGCUGACCAUCCAGCAAAUCGAGCAGAGAUCAUGGCUGAGAAAGCUCAUGCGGAAACACAGCGGAGAGUUAACGAGCUCCGACGGGGUGUCAAUGGUUCUGUCGUUAUGUGUCAACCCUGGGGGAAACUCUUGAACCAUUUCUUUGGGGAUGUCCUUCCGCACCCUCUGCCUGAAGUUACUUUGGGAGACUCGUCUGUAUUUCUUGGCCGCACCGCAUUCGGCUUGGGAUCUUCGGCCACGAGUUCAGUCAAGCCCACAAGCGGAGCCGCUGUUGCCCAUGAUGGACAUGUGCCAAAGCUUAACAAACAACUCGAUGCAGGCGGAGGGUGGAUUCCACCCAAGGCAAAACCGCCGGGGUCUGCACUGACGGAAAUAAUCCAACGCCACCAAAUGCCAUGGCCCCCCGAGACCAUGUAUGAGCUGGUUGAAGCGGAUGGCAUCACAUACGAUGGAACUGAAUGGGUCAUGUGGGAGAGGUUGAUUAAGCUUUGCCGAUCAGCCCACUUGUACAUCUAUAUUCCAGGGACAGAAUUCAAGACGGUAUCCUCGAGCGACUUCUUCGAUUACGAGCAGGGUGUGCUUCCUGCAGAAUUUCCGUUGCGCGCAGCAGUUUGCUGUAUGAACGUUCAGACAGGGUACACUACACGGAAAAAGAAGGGAGACAGAGGGCACAGUGAGGUGGAAUCGCAAACACGGCAGAACGGUCAGAGUGACCCGACAUGUCCCGAGCCUCAAGAACGUCCACCAAUGACCCGCUGCAUCCCACGAGGUCAGCUUUCGCCGAUUCCAGUCCUUCUCGAGUUUGACGCCCAGCCACCUAUCACCACCGCAGGCACUGAACUCAUGCGCGUGGCGGACCAGAUCCCGAAGCACGCGCUCUCCACACACCUGCCGCAAAACGGGAGAACAGCUGACGGCCGAAGCAGGACUGCAGCGCAAGCCGAUACCAUGCGACGCUAUGUGGGCGGGGUCUGUAUCAUACAGAGUGUGGCGUUCGUCCGCCGGCACUGGAAGCAUACGGGUUCUCAAAGAUCUGUGUGGGAACGUCUCGGUUGUCUGAAGGGCGAGGAAGUUAUGCCCUUGCUCGGGCCAGAACUGCGCAACGCGGUGGUGCAAGGAAUUGAGCUCUGGGGUGCAGAGCAAGCAGACCUGGAAGGAUGGCAGCGGGGGAAAGGUAGGUCAUAUCGCGGAAAAAAACGGUUUCUUGCACAUAGCUCGGAUGGCCAUCUAUGCUGCGCUUCGUUUGCGGCGCGUCCAACCACCGCAUAUGCACUGGAGAUAUGUGGCGGCCCCAGAUUCCUCCCCCUCGAUGCUUCCUCUCGAGCACAAAUUCAGCUCAACCUCAGCCCAGGAAAACACGCGUUCUUCUUCUGGCUGGACUCCCCAGCAGGAAGCGGCGCUUUGCGAGUCCACUGGCUGUCUGACAAAUGUGCGAAAGACAGCAUCGAGCUCGAGGUGCCUAGUCUCCCCUCCGGAGGCGGCGCAUCGAUGAAACAGGGAAAGAAGCACGCGGCAGACGUCCAGCCCGCUUCAAAGGAAAGCCACCCUACGGAGUCGACGAGAGGCACCUCAUGCGAAUUCAUGUCCAUUGAAGACUAUCUGAUGAUGGCCCACGGAAUUCAGAUGCAAGAGUUUUUCAUUGCUGUACCAGAAAACGCUCUGCUGGGUUCCUGGUAUAAUGUCUGGUUCAAGGCAGAGCUGGAGGUCCAUCCGAGAUUUUCUCUCAAAGGUGGUUCGUGGCAAUCUAGCGGAGCAGCUGGCAGUGCUUCGCGCUCACACGAAGAUACUCGUGACUGCAGCACCUCACUCUUCCCUACCCUGUUUGUAACUCUAAAUCUUCCACAUGGAGGGUUGGCCCCUUACCUCCGGCUCUCAAUUGGUCAGCACCGCACCGAGUUGCCGGCGAACACAGAACGGGCACCCGAGGGGACGUCAAGGCUCUCAGAAAACUCCUUCAAGUUCGACGCCGUCGUUGAAGCCGCUUACUCCGCAGCAGCGCGACCGGAGCUGAGGGGAGGUGGACUCCAGCCCGAUCUUAGGCAACUUCCAAUUUGCCCGCUAAUCUGCAUCGAUCUGAACGAACUGACUAAACCGCGAAGCCACGGGCAGGAUCCGCUAGCAAAGCGGGAUGAGCCGACCUCCACCAAAACUAGUGGUCACCCUGAAGCACAGCCACAUAGGUUUCUGCUUAUACUGGAGUCGGCGCUCCCGCCGCCCAGUCCUGCCCUCGGUUUCUCUGUGGGUAUCGGUUCACGCGAUUUGGAAGUCGAGGGAAGUACGAGAAGAAGUGACAGAGGACAACCGGAAGAGCAGGAUGGUGACGGCUACCCGCAUCAACCGCCCCCCUCUCGAAUACGCUUGGCAGUCAGCAGCGUUUCGUUUAGAGCUUCCUGGUCCGACGGCACAGUGACGAAUGGAGACAACAUCGUCCUCCGAGAACGCAUGUCUCCAAAAGGUCUACAACCAGUCAGUGCUUCCCUGAGUGUUACCGUGCAACAACUCGACAGAAUUGUCCUUCACGCCAGGAUCCUUCUAAUCCACCGUCGGCCACUCUCAGACUCAGCCCCUCUCGAGGGGAGCCAAAAGUCUCCUACGCCGGUGGCCGCCACCAGCGGCCUCCCUCUCGUAACGCCGCGCCCGCCGACUCAGCAGCCAGGAGGACGCAGUAGUAAUCAGGCCGUUUCGCCCGGACCGGCUUCGCGUGAAUCUGCUGCGACAAGCAGCCGCGAGUUAAGAAACGCGAACGCCACUGUUCCGCCGGCAGGAGCGGGGCGCCUCGCAGGGUACGAAAGUAAUCGGAAUGUAGCUGGAAUGCCCUCCGUUGCUCUGGAUUUCGCCCACCCCCGUGCGCCUCUAGAAGAGAUUUUGAUAGAGUCCACGGGACGGCAGAUCGUAACCUUCCCCCACGUCCAGCUGGAUCCUGGGUGCGAUUAUGUGAUUGAGGUUACCGCAAGAAAGAGUGUUUCAACGAGAGGUCAAGUUGCCCGACAUACUGUGAUGCAGGACCACAGCAUCCCGCCUUCGGGGCAGGCCGACAGAGAGGAUUCGGCGUGUUCGUUUCUCGCUACCUGCGAUGAUACUUAUGAUACUACCGGAGAAGGCGCAACGAUAGAGGGUAGUCCAGAAUCCUUGCCGGAGAGAUGGGUGAGGGAUAUUCGUGCAACCGAAACAGCGUCAGCUGAGCGGUUUCGAGCGGCGGUACCUCUUGACGGGGGUUCCUGGCGGCUCGACGUGGCGGCGACCGCAGAGGUUGAGGUUGCUGAAGAUGUGUGUAGAGAGGACUUCGAAAGAAAGCUCUUCGCACUCUGGAGCGAAAGCGACCCGACUCGGGCGGAGAGAGCUAAGAAGUCCCGGAACGCGUUUCUGGCCAGGAACAUGAAGCGUGUGGUGCCUGAGGAAGUUGACCCCCCUGACGCAUUGACUUCUCUCGCUGCAUUCCGCCAGGCCGUGCUGUGGAACCUAGAGAUGACAGAGUUGCAGCUCCUUCGCGCACUGGUCCGCUCGGAUGUCGUCGUCGCAGAAGAUACUGCCGAUGCUUUUUCGAUGGGCUGCAGUUCUUCAGAAGCCAUUACCAUAGCAGCGUUUUCAGAGUGCAAACUUCUACAAGACGCGACUGAGGCAACCAGGACGGAGCUCCAGGAGUUCUUUUUCUCCGAACUAGACCCGGCGAAGACAGGAAGUGUGAACGCUGCCCAGUUUCUUAUGUUACUGCGUAGCGGCGCAGCGCCUCUUCGUUGUUCUCCAAAGGAUGCUGCGGAGGAAAUGAGCGCGGGAGGUCGCCAGACGAGGAUCACCAAAGCAGCGAACAACGACAAGAGGAAUAAAGCAAGUGGUGGCGACAGAGACGCACGGAGACAGGGAGCGGCACAGAAGUCGCCCGCAAGCAAACUGUCGAGGUGGGGAGGUGAUGAUCAAAGGAAGGACGGCCAAACAGGUUCCCUUGAGGGGGUCAAGGAACAGACGCCCGCACAUGGAUGUAGGGCUUUAAGGCGACCUCUUACGAGCACGCCUCAUCGGAAUACCACUAUCUCCGAGUUCAUACAGAAACUUUCAGCACGGUAUACGGAGAGGACGGUUACUGUGCCAGGAGUAUUCCUGGCGGGUACGCCGACCGGCCGAGAUGACGGCCUCAAAUCCGCUGGCUUCUCACCCACAUCGCCACCCACGCCUCCAGAGAUACGCCGGGCGAAGAACACCGCGACGGCUGAGAGGGUAGCAGCUCUGCGAGAUUCAAUAGAGCGGACUUCGGUCCGCAGCGGUGAUGUCCCACGAGAAAGCGACGAGAAAGUUAGAGGAAUGCCUCUGUUCUACCAUGAUUCCCUUGAACAAAAACGCGAAUCUCUACGCACCCUCCAGAGAAGCCGGAGGGACGUCGCCUCAAGGGUAAGUGAAAUGCUGCAGGACGACAUGCAAAAGGAAAUCCAGAAGGAAGAACUGCAACAUCUUAUGGACGAGUCCGAGAAAACCGGCAUGUGGCUGUUCGACAGCUGCCUGACCGAGAGGCUGCGAAAUCAGUAUGCGGCUGUGAAAGCAAUGCAUAGAGUUCAGGAAAUACUUGAGAAGGACGCUCACGGUUUAAAGAAGGACUCUGACGCCAUCCGAAAAAUGGCAAGGAAAAAGGCGGACAAAGAAAACCAAGCUGACAACACAGUAGAAAAGAAGGAUACUUCUCUGACGGAAGCUGAUGUCGACGAGCUCGCAGAACUGCUCCGAACACUCGAACGCCUCUACUCUCUACAGGGUCCUACAAGACCAGCUAACUGCCAGAGACUGUACGCCCUUCUUGAGAUAGCGAAAGAGAUUUGCGCGACGAAAGCUCGCCAAUUUCCAUCGAGAAACUCCUCUCCGCGGCAUCUGGACAAUCCUGGAUAG